GCGGGAGAAUUUUCGGGGAUAGAAAUUCACGAGGAAAUACAAUAGUCCGGCCUCGGGGCAACCGAAAAUAGUGAGAGCAACUGCGCUAUAUAAACCCCAUGAUCUGGAGGUAACGGCAUCAGUCGUACAGCUCUUGGCACCUAACGAUCAUGGCAUUCAAGUUAAUCGCUUUCGUCGCCUUCGUGGCCUCCGCCAGCGCCCAGAUCCACUACGGUUACCAGUCCCAUUCGGCUCCGGUUUACGCACACGGGGCACCCGCCGCUUACGCGCACGCCGCCCCCGUUUACGCCCACGCCGCCCCCGUGGCCAAGGCCCUCGUUAAGACCGUGGACGCCGAGUACGACCCCCAUCCCCGUUACAGUUACUCGUACGACGUGCACGACGAUCACACCGGGGACAUCAAGAGCCAGCAGGAGAGCCGCGACGGAGACGUCGUCCACGGUAGCUACUCCCUGGUGGAGGCCGACGGCACCCGUCGUAUCGUCGAGUACACCGCCGAUCCCCACAACGGAUUCAACGCCGUCGUCCACAAGGAGGGUGUACCCCACGCCCCCCUCGUCGCCAAAUACGCGGCUGCACCCCUCGUCGCCAAAUACGCACCCGCCCCCGUACACUACGCUCACGCACCCCACGCCUACUCCGGAUACAGACAUUAGGUAUUGACACGUUGUUGUUGAAUUUGAAUUGUUCUUUUCUCUCCGAUAUGGAAGAUCAAUAAAACGAUGUAUUUUUGUUCCAUUUUUUAAA